AUAAAAAGCUUAUGGUUUUUGUACUCCUCUCUCCAAGGUGCAGCGAAUCCUUCCGGAUAUCGAAUUCAGUGUUUGAAACUAGUUCGCAUAUUGUACGUGUGAGGUGGUUUCCGGUCCAAAAAGUCUGGAGGGUGAAAAAAAAGGAGUCACGGUGUUCGCGGCCUACUAACCUGACCUUGGGUCGGCCAGACCAGAUCCCUGGUGCUUUGUCCUGGGUGCGGUUGAGGAUUAUUGAGAAUGUGAGCGGCUAAAACAGCGCAGAUGCCCAGCAAGGCUUGGCCUCGUCGAGAGUGGUCUCCUCAGUCCCCUAUAGAUGUCCUGUGGAUGCCCCGCUCCGCUAUGAGGCCAGCCGAGGGCGACACAUCGGACUGCAUCCUCGUGGUUGGCAUAUCGCGGCCAAAAAUGGCCGCAGCCUUCCUAUCUGUUGUCCUGAUAUCUCUUUUCCUGACUUUUCACAUUCUCUAUGAUAGUGCAGUCUACAGUCUUCAUGCCGCCUCCGUGAUGGAAAGCAGAACGGUAGAGCUGGUAUCCCGUGCCCGAGCUAAUCCCCCUCUUCUUUUCUCCAACAAAAUACAUUUCCCACGCACCAAUAGACACCUUCCUCAAGCCAUUAUCAUCGGUGUAAGAAAAUGCGGAACCAGGGCCCUCCUUGAGAUGCUCUUCCUUCAUCCCCAGGUCCAGAAGGCAGCUGGCGAAGUUCAUUUUUUCGAUCGUGACGACAACUACAGUAAAGGUCUUGAAUGGUAUCGAAGAAAGAUGCCAUAUUCCUUCAAGGGACAGGUCACUAUCGAAAAAAGUCCUAGUUACUUCGUCACAUCGGAAGUGCCUGAAAGAAUUCGUGCGAUGAACUCGAGUGUAAAGUUGCUGCUGAUCGUACGUGAGCCAGUAACCAGAGCCAUAUCAGACUACACCCAACUGCGAACUCAUGCGGCCACAGCUUCCACAACAACAAGUAAUGGAACACCAGUUCCCUACCUCCAAUCAUCUCGCAGUUUUGAGGAGCUGGUUAUAAGGCCGGAUGGAUCCAUCAACGAAUUCUACAGGCCGAUAGCCAUUUCUCUAUACCACAACUACAUGCAUCGAUGGCUUGAGGUCUUCUCUCGUGAUCAGAUUCUGGUAGUGAAUGGUGAUCGGCUCAUAGAAGAUCCGGUUCCCCAAUUACGUAGGAUCGAGAGCUUCCUAGGUCUCCAGCCAAAAAUCGGUAGGCAUAAUUUUUACUUUAAUCAUACCAAGGGCUUCUACUGUCUUCGCAACGAUACCGCAGAAAAAUGCUUAAGGGAAAGCAAAGGUCGCCGACAUCCCAGAGUCAGUCCUGUGGUAGUUACGAAACUCCGUAAGUUUUUCAAUGAACACAACCAACGUUUUUACGAGCUGUUGGGCGAAGACCUCGGCUGGCCUGAGGAAUAGAUCUCACUUUAGCUUCCUAGCUUUAAGUUCUAUAGUUAGCGAUUCUGCACUGGGUACUUUGAUGAAAGAAGAGCUUUGCUCAAGGGCUUACACGAAAAAAACUCUUGCUGAUCGAGUAUUUAGAGCAGCAAUAACUAGAAAAGAUACCAAAGAUAUUGACAAUAUCUUUCAAACAAAAGUAUACGAAUCACUACUAAUUCAAGGAUACUUUAGAAUAUUGUUUUGUCAACAUCAUAGAUUCUAUCAGUGAUCAAAAUUAGAAAACUGUUAGGUAUUUGGGUAAUCCUCUUACCACUUUUCACCUUUCGAGGUGAAUCUGUUUUUUACACCUAUCAUCUUCUCAGAAGACAAGUAAAAUUACAAAGCUUAAGCAAUUUCACCUUACCAGAUUUUUAAAAUCCGGUAAGUACCUGGGUAACCUAAUUACCACUUUCCACCUUUCGAAAUUUAUUUGUUAUUGAAAAACAAAAUUCUCAAAAAACGAAUUGGAAUGCAGCGAUUCCAAAACAAUACCCACCAGAUUCGUAAUCUCUUUUGAGUUUCAAGUGUCGGUAUCAACUCUGCUGUAAUUUCACUUCUUAAAAUUAAAGCGAAAUGCAAUAUUUUCUCUUAAGUUUCACACGGAAAAAUAGCAUAACUGAUCGAACCUUUAUUUCUAGAACUUUUGUUUAGAACUUUCUUUCUAGAGCCUUUAUUUCCACAACAACAAGAAAAGAAACUGAAGAUAAUAUCAAUAUCUUUCAAACAAAAGUAUAAGAAUCAUUACUGAAUGAAGGCUCUUUUAAAUUAUAGGUUUGUCAACAUCACAAAUUCGAUCAGUGAUCAAGAUUAGAAAUCUAAUAGGUACUUGGGUAACCCAAUUAUCACUUUUCAACUUUCAAAAAUAAUCUGUUUUUUACAAAAAUCUUUUCAAAAGAAUACAAAGAUUAAUAAAUUGCACCGAACUAGAUUUUUCAAAUCUGGUAGGCACCUGGCUGACCGAACUACCACUUUUCAACUUUCGAGAUCAAUCGAUUUUUACAACAAUCUUCUGAGAAGACUAACUUGAAAACAAAGUUUCAAAAAAAUCAGCGAACCAGAUUCUUAAUCCCUUCAUUUUCAAGUCUCUAUAUCAAAUCUGCUAUAUUUUCAGUAAUUAGAGUCAGUGGUCAAGAUUAGAAAUCUUUUUGGUAUUUGGGUAACCCAAUUACCAAUUUCCACCAUUCGAAAUGAAUCUGUUAUUUACAAAAAAUUUCUCAAAAAACUAGUUGGAAUACAACGAUUCAUAAACAACACCUAACAAGAUUCAUAAUCUCUU